GGGGCUGCGCGCGCCAUGGAGCCGCGGUGCCCGCCGCCGUGCGGCUGCUGCGAGCGGCUGGUGCUCAACGUGGCCGGGCUGCGCUUCGAGACGCGGGCGCGGACGCUGGGCCGCUUCCCGGACACGCUGCUAGGGGACCCGGCGCGCCGGGACCGCUUCUACGACUGCGCGCGCCGCGAGUACUUCUUUGACCGGCACCGGCCCAGCUUCGACGCCGUGCUCUACUACUACCAGUCCGGCGGCCGGCUGCGGCGGCCGGCGCACGUGCCGCUCGACGUCUUCCUGGAGGAGGUGGCCUUUUACGGGCUGGGCGCGGCGGCGCUGGCGCGCCUGCGCGAGGACGAGGGCUGCCCCUUGCCGCCCGAGCGCCCCCUGCCCCGCCGCGCCUUCGCGCGCCAGCUCUGGCUGCUCUUCGAGUUCCCCGAGAGUUCGCAGGCCGCGCGCGUGCUCGCCGUCGUCUCCGUGCUCGUCAUCCUCGUCUCCAUCGUCGUCUUCUGCCUCGAGACGCUGCCCGACUUCCGCAACGACCGCGACAGCCCGGGGCUCGCUGCCGUGGCGGCUGCCGGCCCGUUCCCUGCUCGGCUGAAUGGCUCCAGCCCAGUGCCCGGAACCCUGUCUCGCAUGCCCUUCGACGACCCGUUCUUUAUGGUGGAGACGUUGUGCAUCUGUUGGUUCUCCUUUGAGCUACUGGUGCGCCUGGCGACCUGCCCAAGCAAGGCGGCCUUUUUCAAGAACGUGAUGAACCUCAUCGAUUUUGUGGCCAUCCUCCCCUACUUUGUGGCGCUAGGCACCGAGCUAGCCAGGCAACGGGGCGUGGGCCAGCCGGCCAUGUCACUGGCCAUACUACGAGUUAUCCGACUGGUGCGCGUCUUCCGGAUCUUCAAGCUGUCCCGGCACUCAAAGGGCCUGCAGAUCUUGGGCCAGACACUACGGGCCUCCAUGCGUGAGCUGGGUCUCCUCAUCUUCUUCCUCUUCAUCGGUGUGGUUCUCUUCUCCAGCGCGGUCUACUUUGCGGAGGCCGACCGGGAAGAUUCCCAUUUCACCAGCAUCCCUGAGUCCUUUUGGUGGGCGGUGGUCACCAUGACCACGGUCGGCUAUGGAGACAUGGCACCCGUCACUGUGGGUGGCAAGAUAGUGGGCUCUCUGUGCGCCAUCGCCGGUGUGCUGACCAUUUCCCUGCCUGUGCCGGUCAUUGUCUCCAACUUCAGCUACUUUUACCACCGGGAGACAGAGGGCGAAGAGGCCGGAAUGUACAGCCAUGUGGACACGCAGCCCUGUGGCCCACUGGAGGGCAAGGUCAAUGGGGGGUUGGUGGACGGAGAGAUGCCUGAGCUACCACCUCCACUCUGGGCCCCCCCUGGGAAACACAUGGUCACCGAAGUGUGAGGGACU